AUGUGUAGAAUCUUUGAUGAAGAUCAGCGGGAGAAGGCUGCUUUUUACAGGAAUGCCAAUGCUAGUCAUGGGAAAGAGAAGAAGUCUGUGACUCACAGUCGUGCUAAGCCAUAUUCUGCCCCUCCCGGGAAAUAUGGAAACCAUUCUAGGGGACAAAGGACCAGUGAAGGACAUCACCUAGCUGGUGGGAGUUCUCAGCCAGUUAACAGAGUGUCUCAGCCUGCUAGUAGAGGUAAUGGUGGUGCUCCUGCUACGCCAACCCGGUGUGCUAAGUGUGGUAGGAUGGGUCAUUUUGCUCGUGAGUGCCCAGAUAAUGAUGUGACUUGUUUCAACUACCGGGGUAAGGGCCACCUCAGUACCAAUUGCCCACAUGCGAGGAGGGAGAAGAUGAGUGGAAGUCUGAAUAACCAGAACGGACGACCAAAGACCACAGGGAGAGUGUUUGCUCUUAGUGGUGCUGAUGCCGCACAGUCUGAUGAUCUCAUUCAAGGUAUGUGUUUCAUAAGUCAAGUUCCCUUGGUUGUAUUGUAUGAUUCAGGUGUGACCCAUUCAUUUAUUUCUCGUGUCAGUGUUGAAAAACUUGCCUUGCCUGUGUCUUCCUUGAAAUUUGACUUGAUUGUGAAUACACCUGCUAGUGGGUCUGUUUUAACUUCUGAUGUGUGUUUGCAAAGUCCUGUCUUAAUUUCUAAUAGACAAUUUCUUAUUGACUUAGUUGUUUUACCUUUGAGUCAGAUUGAUGUUAUUCUUGGUGAUAUAUUUUUGUCUGCUAACCAAGUUGAGGCAUCUUUAAGGGAGGAUGCACAGGUAUACAUGAUCUUAGCUAGUAUGAGUGUUGAGACCAAAACCCCUGUGAGUGAUAUACCAUUGGUGAGAGAGUUUCCAGAGGUGUUUGAGGAGGUGUCAAGAUUACCACCUGAGAGAGAGGUCGAGUUCUCGAUAGACCUAGUGCCCGGUACUGGACCCAUAUCCAUAGCACCUCAUAGGAUGUCUCCUGUAGAGUUGAGUGAACUUAAGAAACAAUUAUAG